GGGCGGCUGGCGGCGACGACUCUCUCUUUCUCUCUCUCACUCACUCUCCUGAGGGGCACGUGACAGGAGCCGCUGGGGCUACUACGACCGAGUGCUUCGGCGGGUGGGGUGCGCCGAGAGACCAUGAAGCAGAAGUGGUUGCUGUGUGCCACAUUGCUGUUAGCUGGAGCCUCUGCUAUCCUGGCACAUGAAACGAACGAUCACGAUCAUGACGGCGACGACGUAAUAGAUAUUGAAGAUGACCUUGAUGAUGGUGUGGAAGAGGUAGAAGAGUUGAAGCAUGAAGCGAGCACUCCACCCCCACUCCCUAAGGUUACCUAUAAGGCCCCAGUCCCAACUGGAGACGUUUAUUUUGCUGAGAACUUCGAUAAAGGAACUUUAGAAGGGUGGGUUCUAUCUAAAGCUAAAAAGGAUGAUAUAGAUGAUGAAAUAGCCAAAUAUGAUGGCAAAUGGGAAGUGCAGGAAAUGAAGGAUACUAAACUACCAGGGGAUAAAGGACUUGUGCUGGUUUCUCGAGCUAAGCAUCAUGCAAUCUCUGCCAAACUCACCAAACCCUUUGUCUUCGACUCCAAGCCUCUCAUUGUACAGUAUGAAGUCAACUUCCAGAAUGGAAUUGAGUGUGGUGGUGCUUAUGUAAAGCUGCUUUCGAAAACUCAUGAGCUGAACCUGGAUCAAUUCCAUGACAAGACUCCCUAUACCAUCAUGUUUGGCCCCGACAAAUGUGGAGAAGACUAUAAAUUGCACUUCAUCUUCCGGCACAAGAGCCCCAAAACGGGCAUGUAUGAGGAGAAGCAUGCAAAGCGUCCUGAUGCUGAUUUGAAGAACUACUUUACUGAUAAGAAGACUCAUCUUUAUACACUGGUUCUGAACCCAGACAACAGCUUUGAAAUCCUGGUUGAUCAAACUGUUGUAAACAGUGGGAAUCUUCUUUCUGAUAUGACCCCUGCCGUGAAUCCACCACGAGAGAUAGAGGACCCAAAUGACCAGAAGCCAGAGGAUUGGGAUGAGAGAGCUAAGAUUCCAGACCCAGAUGCUGUUAAACCAGAUGAUUGGGAUGAGGAUGCUCCUGCUAAGAUUCCAGAUGAGGAUGCUGUGAAGCCAGAAGGUUGGCUAGAUGAUGAACCAGAAUAUGUUGCUGAUCCUGAUGCAGAGAAACCAGAAGAUUGGGAUGAAGAUAUGGAUGGAGAGUGGGAGGCACCUCAGAUUGCAAAUCCUAAAUGUGAAUCUGCCCCUGGUUGUGGUGCUUGGCAACGUCCCACAAUUGACAAUCCCAACUAUAAAGGCAAAUGGAAACCACCCAUGAUUGAUAACCCUAACUACCAGGGCAUCUGGAAGCCAAGAAAGAUUCCAAACCCAGAUUUCUUUGAAGACUUGGAACCUUUCAGGAUGACCCCCUUUGCUGCUCUUGGGCUCGAGUUAUGGUCUAUGACCUCGGACAUAUUAUUUGAUAAUUUCAUCAUCUGUACAGAUCGGGCAGUGGCAGAUGACUGGGGUAAUGAUGGAUGGGGUCUGAAGAAGGCAGCUGAUGGCGCUGCUGAGCCCGGUGUUGUGGGUCAGAUGAUGGCAGCUGCUGAAGAGCGUCCCUGGCUUUGGGUAGUCUACAUCCUUACUGUGGCUCUGCCUGUGUUUCUUGUUGUCCUCUUCUGCUGCUCUGGAAAGAAACAGCCAAGUGCUGCAGAGUACAAAAAGACUGAUGCUCCUCAGCCAGAUGUAAAUGAGGAAGAGAAAGUGGAUGAAAAAGACAAGGGAGAAGCAGAAGCAGAAGAAAUACAUGAAGAAAAGCCAGAAGAAAAGCAGAGAGGUGAUGGUGACGCAGGAAGUGCUAGUCAAGAGGAGGAGGAAGAAGAGGAGGAGGAGGAAGAUGAAGACGAAGAAGAUAGCAAACCUAUUACAGAGGAGGAAGAAACUGUGAAUAGAUCCCCCAGAAACAGAAAACCAAGAAGAGAUUGA